GGCGGCCCCGCCCCUGCGCCCGCCCCGCGCUGCUGACGGGGGCGCCCCCGGCGCGGGAGCGGGCGCCCGGACCCCCGCUGCUGGGGGGGGGGGGGGGGGGGCGCCGUCGUCGGCGAGCCAUGGCGGCGCCGCGCAAGAGGACACCUGACGGCCGCCUUCUGCGAGAUGCCGCAGGAGAGGGACGCACUUCGUCGCUCCUGGAGGGGUGGCGAGCACCUGAGCGACUGGACGCUGGCAGUGGGGCCUACGGAGAGUACAAGAUCCACAAGGUGAUCGUCGCCACAGGACCGAGGGAUGGAGCCACGUGGACGUGGCAGGGACGCGAGACGGGUGCUGUACUCAGCCACAUGAGCCUUAGUGCGUUUGAUCCACGCGUCUCAGCCCGUGUGCCUGAGCCAAAAUAUAUUGCCCUACUUCCCCUUCGCCCCUUCUCAUUCCCCUCCGUCCCUUCUUCCUCUCGGCCGUCCCCCCCCCUCUCUUUGCCCGCCGGCCCAUUAGCUAGUUGGUGCCCCUUUCUAGCUUCUCGCUGGACCGGAGUUC